AGACUGAGUCCUCAUUGCCUCUUUUGAACUGCUAUGUGUAAGAGCCAUACUUCUCUGUGUGGUUUGACUCUUCCCAUGCUGAGAUCAGAUGGAGAAAUCUGAAGGACCAGAACUCAGAGUGUUGGCCAACACGAAUGAGUCGGAAAGCUUCCUCCGUCUUCUGAGCCCUGAAGUGACAGUAAAUCAAAUAUUUCAUGUUAAUCCACAUCAUCAUGAAGUUCUACCAACCUGCUGCAUGGAUCACGUCUGCAGAAGCCCGUGUACAAGUGGACAUGUGAACGAGGAGUUUAGGAGGCAGUCGGCUCAUGUUGCGCAGCAUGUAGAGCCGAUGAGGCACAGAGAGCCAGACGCUAGAGGAGCGACUUCUGCCAGGAUGAAUCUCCAUCAUCAGCCUCCUGCGAGCUGCUUUCUGGAUCCUCCAGAAAACAUGCAAAAUGGCUCGAGAGGAGAGUGCUGCUGUUGGGAUUGUAGACCUAAAGAGUUUGGAACAAAAGAGCCUGCAAGCAGAGACACAACCAGUGGGGAGGAUGAGUGCAAUUCUCAGAGUGAUGUAGAGGAAGAACUCGAGGCUCCUUUGCCGCUGAGAGCUGACAAUGAGUGGCAACAGUGGAAUCCCUUUUUAAUUCCUCACCAUUACAUGCACAACUACGGUCUCCGUCACGCUACGGAUGUGAGGAAUUACAGCUCCGCGGCAGAAGGCGACUUCAACUCUGUCAACAGAUGCUUUCCUGAGCCGUGCCACCGGUCCGCUCCCUGCCAGCACAGGAGGCCACAGAAUGAGCCACAAAACUGGCUUCAGCAUCAUGACAGCUUUGUGCCUGACAGUGUGGCUCAGGGAAGCGUCACUGUCAAUGUACCUCAGUUCUCCGUCCCCCCCGUGGAAGAAGUCUCACAGGUCAGCGUGAUGAACCUGAACUCGGCGGGAGCGGAGAAGUCUGUCCCACAUCCGCAGGAGAAAAGAAGAACCAUUAGUCUGCCGGAUCAGUGCCGAAAUGUUUUUAUAACGUACUCUUCGGACGUGUCUUCAGAGAUGGUCCCCUUCGUAGACUUCCUCACCAAGCAAGGUUUUCGACCUGCUAUGGAUUUAUUUGACAAUCCCAUUAGACGCAUGGACAUCAACCACUGGAAGGACAGCUACCUUGAGGAUCCAUCAACCCUGAUUAUCAUCGCCAUCAGUCCCAAGUAUAAGGCAGACAUCGAAGGAUCUGUGGUGGACAAUCACGGUCUGCACACUAAAUAUAUUCACUCAAUGAUGCAGAAUGAAUACAUCCAGCAAGGCAGCUUGAAUUUCAGAUUCAUACCAGUUCUCUUCCUCAGUGCAUCGCAGAAGCAUGUCCCGUGUUGGCUUCAGAACACGCGUGUUUACCGCUGGCCGCAGGACACGGAGGAUUUGCUGCUGCGGCUGCUGAGGGUGGAGCGCUACGUUCCUCCUCCUGUUCCUGUGGAGCUCACACUCAUCAUACGGCCCGUGAACUCCAGUGCUGCACCUACGCUGUAAAGACACACUAGUGUUUGAUGUCUGAGCACAUUUGUUUUACUCGUGCAGCCUGUUUAUUUGAACAUCUCAGAGUUUAUCCCAUGUAAGUCAAUAAUAGCUCAAGUUCUGUUUUAUCUAAUGUACAGGGUUUUUUUUUCAGAUGUUUCAAUAAAGUCUUUUCUCUGUGUACAUAUACACAACAUAAAA